UAGGCUACCAACCAAGGGUUGCAUUGAUAACGGUACUGAUACUUAUUAACAUAGAUACAAACGCCUUAAAAAAACCAUUCCGACCUAGUAUUGUGUUCAGUGAAAAGAUUCAAGUGCGCUGACAGUCGUUUGUUGUCACUGCAGAUAUUGCUGCGGUAGAAAUUUCGGUAGCGAUGACAUCAUUCCUUUAGCAACACGAAACAAGCGCCAUUGUGGCUCGAGACGUGUUAUGUGGCCCUUUCCUUUUGGCCUAUCACAGUGAGCCAAGACGGCGAAUAAGGGCUACAGUUUCAUAAUUCGUCGACAUCAAAUGCUGGUGCAACGAAGCCUUUAAACCAUUGGCAACGAAAGAGGUAGUUCCUCAUAGGUCAAUGCGAGGUACACAGAAAAUUACCCAAUCAGCUUAGCUGGCGAAUCCAGGUGAUAACCCUCCUCCCGUCUCUGUGGAGUAGGUUUAUUUUGGCUUUUCCCGUUUCCCCAUCGCCGCCAUUAGACUUAGACAGCUAGGCGGUCAGAGAUGGGGAUUACAAUUAUUUAAAUCACAGAAACUCGGCCUUGAAGACUGUCUGUUUGGGCUACAAUGUACGGCUCUCGCCCAACUGGGAAGUGCAGAGGAAAUGUAAAUAUGGUGCUGUUAGAGAAAUGAGGGUGUAGGGGAACUCGGUGUGGUGCUGGAGGGUUGGUGCGGAUUGGGUUGCAUUCGGAAAAGACUGAGAGAGGCCAGAGGAACAUAUCGGUGCUGCAAAGGGACUAGUGGUUGCAAAGAGAAGAGUAUAGUCACAAGAAAAGAUUACAAAGACAAGCUCACUCGCAGCAAGCAGUGUGUGUGUGCGUGUGUGUGUUACCAGUGUGACCUCCUGCCGGUGGGAGGUAGAAAGCUGCGGGGUGCGCCAGAGCGAGGAUGAGCGAGUCGGCCGUCAAGUGGGCGUGUGAGUACUGCACCUACGAGAACUGGCCGUCCGCCAUCAAGUGCACCAUGUGCCGUGCCCAGAGGCCCGGCGGCCCCAUCAUCACAGAGGAGCCCUACAAGAUCACCCCGGCCCUGGACACGCCCUGGGACCCACCGGCGCCGGUCGGGGGCUCCACGAAGGGUGGCUCCAGUCUGCUUAUCUGCCCGGACUCGAGCACCCGGCCCCGGGUGCAGCUGGCCGACGAGGCCCCCGAAAGCACCACUAAGUGGUCGUGCCAGAUGUGCACCUACCUGAACUGGCCCCGCGCCAUCCGCUGCACGCAGUGCCUGUGUCAAAGGCACCAGCAGCAGAGAGACUCCUCAUCUCCUCCACCCCCCCCUCCCGCGCCCAGGUCCAGAAGUCCAGGUGAGACUCCUCAGACCUCCAGCACGCCUGGUAUCCCACCGCAGCAGCAACAGCAGCAGCAGCAGCAGCAGCAACAGCAGCAGCAACAGCAACAGCAGCAGCAGCAGCAGCAGCAGCAGCAGCAGCAGCAACAACAACAGCAACAGCAGCAGCAGCAGAGGAUUUCCCCAGUCCAACCUGCCACCACGCCCCCACAGACCCCCACCCCAGACCCGUGCGAGGAGCGGAACGACCGCAACCGGAUCAACACCACCCAGUACGGCCAGCAAUGGGUCUGCGCCGCCUGCACCUACGAGAACUGGCCCAAGAGCCGUCGCUGUGCCGUGUGCGACCACCCGAGGCCCAACCACCUCACGCCCCCCUCGGGAGGCUCCCCGGAGCCUAGCGAGCCAGGCGGUGGCACUGCCGGCACUGUUACCGGCGUCCCCUCCGGCACUACCCUCACGGCCCUCAGCCCACCGUCCUCUUCGCCCACCGUCAACGAGCAGGACCGCGAGCGUUGCCGGAUAGGUGUCGGCAUGGGCUGCAGCGGCGCUGGCGGCACCAGGAGAGCUUCGCCGCCGUCUUCGGGCCGGCAGCUAGAGCCUGAGCUGCGGACGAUGGAGUUUCAGCGCAUCGAGCUGGCGGCCGGCGGAGGGGUCGGGGGAGAGGAGCAGGCGGUGGACUUUAAAAAACUCAAACAGAUCAGGAACCGCAUGAGGAGAACUGACUGGCUCUUUCUCAACGCCUGUGCAGGAGUUGUGGAAGGGGACCUGGCGGCGGUGGAGGCCUACAAGUCUUCGGGUGGAGACAUCGCCCGUCAACUAACCGCAGAUGAGGUACGGCUGCUGAACCGGCCAUCCGCCUUUGACGCUGGCUUCACACUUGUGCACUUGGCCAUCCGCUUCCAGAGGCAGGACAUGCUGGCUGUCCUCCUCACAGAGGUGUCUCAGCAGGCGGUGAAGUGCAUCCCGGCCAUGGUGUGCCCUGAGCUGACGGAGCAGAUCCGUAGGGAGGUGGCGGCCUCUUUGCACCAGCGCAAGGGCGACUUCCCCUGCUACUUCCUCACGGACCUCAUCACCUUCACACUACCAGCAGACAUUGAAGACCUUCCCCCCACUAUUCAGGAGAAGCUAUUUGAUGAGGUGUUGGACCGGGAUGUGCAGAGAGAGUUGGAGGAGGAGUCGCCCAUCAUUAACUGGUCCAUCGAGCUGGGCACGCGAUUGGACAGCCGGCUGUACGCGCUGUGGAACCGCACGGCGGGGGACUGCCUGCUGGACUCCGUGCUGCAAGCCACCUGGGGCAUCUACGACAAAGACUCGGUGCUGCGCAAGACACUACACGACAGCUUGCAUGACUGCUCGCACUGGUUCUACACGCGGUGGAAGGAGUGGGAGUCGUGGUACUCUCAGAGCUUUGGCCUUCACUUCUCACUGAGGGAGGAGCAGUGGCAGGAGGACUGGGCUUUCAUCCUCUCACUGGCCAGUCAGCCUGGGGCGAGUCUAGAGCAGACCCACAUAUUCGUCCUAGCACACAUUCUCCGCAGGCCCAUUAUAGUCUACGGCGUGAAGUACUACAAGAGUUUCCGUGGAGAAACGCUUGGCUACACGCGUUUCCAGGGAGUGUAUCUGCCUCUGCUGUGGGAGCAGGGCUUUUGCUGGAAGAGCCCCAUCGCCCUGGGUUACACGCGCGGGCACUUUUCUGCACUUGUUGCCAUGGAGAAUGACGGCUAUGACAAUCGAGGCGCGGGCGCCAACCUCAACACGGAUGACGAUGUGACUGUCACCUUCCUGCCUCUGGUGGACAGCGAGAGGAAGCUCCUUCACAUCCACUUCCUGUCAGCCCAAGAGAUGGGGAAUGAGGAGCAACAGGAGCGUCUGAUGCGUGGGUGGCUGGACUGCUGCGUGACGGAGGGGGGCGUGCUGGUGGCACUGCAGAAGAGCUCUCGGCGCCGCAACCACCCGCUCGUCACCCAGAUGCUGGAGAAGUGGUUGGACGGCUAUCGCCAGCUCCGCCCUUGCCCCGCCCUUUCAGACGGGGAGGAUGACGAUGACGAUGAGGAUGAGUGAAGAGGAGGAGUCCAUCUGCCCUCUUCACAACAACAAAACAGACAGAGAAAAGCCUGCCUCUCUUUCUACACACACACACACACACACACACACACACACACACACACACACACUCAAACAUACAUACAUACACACACACACUGAACACACAUAUGCGCACACACUCAAAGAGACACUGACACAACUUACAUAGCAUCCUAAAAUAAAAGAAGGAUAACCCAGAGACUGUCAAAACCUCUUCUUUGCUGCAGAGCAGGAUAUGGGCUGGGCUGAUAAUAAAGGAUUCUAGUUUAUGAAUGCUAACAAACUUUCUAGAGUUUUCUGUGUCUCUUUUUUUUUUUUCCCCAACGUGAAAUCUUUACCCAUAAAUGUAAUGCAUGUGGCUGUUAAAAAGAGGUUAGAGAUUAUACCAGCAUUUUAAGCAAAAGCAAAAUGGCAAAACCUUUAUACUGGUUUAUAAUGGACAGUUACAAAGCACAUUUUCAAUUAUUUUAUAUCAUUUUCUGGUCCAAACAUAAUUGGCUUUUCUAGAGGGGGACGAUAACUGAAGUGUACACGACAUCUUUGAGCCUUCACACUCAGCUGAGAAGCUGAGCAGAGAUGGCUAAGAAUACGGACUUAAUAAAACACUGCACAUUUAUGACAAAUCACAUUUAUAUAAAUAACAUCACAAAUUAAAUUAAUUUAUCAUGUUUUCAUAGGGGACAAGCCCCUAUUCGACCCAAAGUCAGAGUCCUUCUGGGUCGAGCUUCAGUCAUCCAUGUUUGAUCCUGUACUUUGUUUUUUUGUGAGGUUUUCAGAGAAAAAAGAAAUUAUUUCUUCUUUUACUUUUUAUGGAUGUAUGUGUGCCGCGUGUGUGAUUUUGUUCUUGUACUUACUGAAGAAUUUGUACAGAUGCCUACCUGCUGUAAGGACAGAAACAUGCUUGUGAGCAUCUGUUAGAGUUUACCUGAGUUUAUGUCUAUCAAGUACCUCAUGUGGAUGCUAAAAUUUGGUGCUUUUACUUUGAAGGGGGGGGGGGGGGGUAAGGAAUCUUGGGCUCUGUACAACACUAGUGUCCGUUCAGUCUCAGAGCCUCACUCUCGUCUGUAGUCAUUCGCACAUUUCCUGCAGGUCCUGUUAUUUCUUGUAAAUCACCAUGGUAACUGUUUCUUUGUGACGUCUGUUGCAUUUCUGUCCACCCCAGACAUGCCCCACGUGUGUAAUGUGUAGAUUCUGUUGUCAAAAAAAAAAUGGCUUGUGGUUUGUUUACGCCUACAGUCAAUGAAAAGAGAAUGUUUUGCAGUACUUCUGCGCACUCUGUAAAGCUUGUCUGUUUUAUUUGUUUGUUUGCAUUUUGUACUCUGUAUUUGCAUUUGUCUGGCCAAUAGUUUGGUCCGGUGUAAAUAAAUGCAUAAAAACAUUUGCCUGAAACACCGAAACAGGUUUCAUAGAGUGCAUUGAAGUAUGAAGAAACCUUGGCUUUAUAAUUACAUAUUAUGUAUUUAAAAAAACUAUUUCUGUUUUUGACAACACAAACACAUAUUACUCCUUUCAACAUUUGAAGAACCUAAAAGUGUAUUUUGAAAUCUAUUUCAUAAUAACCUGAAUAGUUCACAUUUUUAGAAGUACUUCGAAGAACGUGGCCAACACGUCUGACUUGUUUUGUUUGUUGUGUUCCAUUUCGUUCUUUUUUUUUUCUUUUGAUUUUGCUGACGGCUGGUUUUAAACUGUCUUGUGUGAUGGGUGUAUUGUUUAAAAGACUUAAUUUUAACCAAAGUGAUCAUUAACCCAGGUUUGUGGGACAUUUGCUGUGAGCUAGACCCUCUUUUCUGUUUCUCUUGCCAUGGAUCACAGUACUGUUCUUCAGGCCUCCCUGGUGUUUUAGUGUGUGUCCCUUUCUAGUCAAACAGUUUAAUGGACAUCACUUGUGUUGUUGCUUUGUAUUUAUGCAAUAGAUGCUCUUGUGACUAUGAUGGUAUUUGGGAUUAGGUAAAAGUCGGACCUUGUUGGACAGGAGCAUAUAAUGAGGGGCACGACUUAUCAGGAAAAAAAAAGAAAGGAAAAAAUGUUUUUGAAUGUCCACUUCUAAAGCCUCUAUAAACCUUUAUCAGAGACCA